GUGAGGCCGGGAAUGUCACCCCAGCAACAGCGCCCGGCGCUGCCACAGCAUCAUCCGCUUCAGCAGCAGCAACAGCAGCAGCGACCGGGUGGCCUUCCCAACCGUCCUCCAAUCAGGCGGCCUCCAAUGCGUCCUGCUGGCAGCAUGAACGGCAAGUCGCCGGUCAAUUUGCAGCAGCAGCAGCGGCCUCCGAUGCAAGUCAGGCGCCCGCCGCCCAUGGGCUCGCCGUCUGGCUCUGCUCCUGUGCGUCCUGGGUUAGGCGGCAUGCGCCCCUCGCCCAAUGGAGCUGCGCAACAAAUGCGGCCGCCCCUGCCUCGACCGUUGGGAACACCGCCCGGCGCGCAGGUGCGGCGGCCAGUGAUGCAUAAUAACGGUGUGCAGCGGCCGCCGAACGGUGGACCGUCACCUCGUCCUCUUAUGCGUCCUCCUCCCAUGGCCAAUGGCAUGUCUCCGCGCCCACGGCCGAUGCCGAUGCCGGUGUCGAUGAGUGGGGGUCGUCCGCGACCACCCAUGGUGCGUCCAUUGACUUUAUCACAGAAUUCCCAGGCAAGCAGCCCGGUGCUAGUGCGGCCUCCCAGACCACUGACCAAUGGCCAGCAGCAGCAAGCUUCCCCCGUUGUGCAGCCGGCCACUCUGAUCACCCCCGUCACUGCCCAGUCGGCAGUCCGCCCACAGCAGAAGCCCCCUGUGCCACAACAGCAGAUUCCCGUCAAAAUGCAGUCGCCACAGUCACCACAGUUGCCAAGGACCCCACUGUCCGGCAUUGUGCCUGCGACCACCGCACCACCACCGGCUGCUGUUGCACAGCCGCCGCCUGGGCUCAAAAAGCAACCGACGACCUAGAUAUUUUUAAAUCACCUACAAUUAAUGCUCUCAAACAUUGUUUAUUCCCACUU